GCGAGUUUCGUAAUUAUGACCGCGAGAAUUGCAAUCUCGAUGCAGGAGCGCGAUAAUAAAGUAGCGAUAACUUCGGGUGACUGCGACAAGUUGAGAACCCCGGGACACGUCAUAAACAAGCAACAUGGCCGACGAUCGCGAAUAUUGACGAGACGCGUGCUGCUGUUUACAAACGAGAGACUCGGUCGCGUCGAUGAUACUCUGACCCCGUCAGUCGCGUGGUCUGUCCUGCCAUGGCACAGGCAAAGGUCGACGUGCCGGAGAAAUCCGGCGGUAUUAAGGAGAAGGACAAGGACAAGGAUUCCGAGGAAAAGGAAGGGUGUCGCUAAUCAAAGCAAACGAUGUCCGAUGUGUCGUCAAGAGAUUCCACCAGAUUUCCUUGAGAGACCUCAACUGGUGGAAAUAGAAGAACCUCAGAAGGAAUCGGAACAUCCAGAGGAAGAGUAUCAAUGGUUUUACGAAGGUCGAAAUGGUUGGUGGCAAUACGAUCAGCGUACAAGUAUUGAAUUAGAAACGGCGUAUAAACAGGGCAAAAGAACCUGUGAAUUGUUGAUCGCAGGAUUUCUUUACAUUGCUGAUUUUGGUUCGAUGCUUCAGUUGCGUCGAAAUGAUCCCUCCAGACGAAGGAGAAUCAAAAGAGAUCUGUAUAAUGUUCCAAGAAAAGGCGUUGCUGGAUUACGACUCAAUGUGCAGGACGAAGAGAUUGUGAGAGAAAUAAGAGGUGCUGAACGGCCAGCUAGUCCUGCAAGUGAUAGUAUGGGUACAGGAGAUGGCACAAAUACCCCCAUACCACCUAGUAACACACCACAGACACCUGCAGGUGGGACAGCAAGCGGUGAUGCUACUCCUCUAAAUGAUAGAAUAGAUCAGAGAUCGGAUUCCUUGCAUCAGGUUUUAGAACAGAUGCGUUCUCUAGUUUUAAGAGAGCAUUUAUCCUUAAAUAGCGAUAACGAAUUUGAAGAGGAUACGGAGGAUGCGACGAUUUCGGAUCAUCCUACUCUUUCAUAGCUAUAAAUAUCGAACGUGUAUUCAGAGAUUGUGAUAAUCUUAUCUCAGAAUCUCCGAUUCGUUUUCAAACUCUUCGUAUUAUUCAGCUCAAUAAAGUAAUAGUAUUCUACACAAAUACACGUUACGUUUGCUAGAAGUGCAUUAAUGUAUAAACUUUAUUGAUCUAGCAAACUACAUUGCUCAAGUACAGCAUACGAGAAUUGAUAUACGAUUAAGUAUCUCUAGUUAAGUAACUAUCUUAAUUCAGUAAAUAAUUUUCCUUCCUGUUUUUAAAAACUGUUUAAUCAUAAUGCAAUCGAUAAAAAAGAAUAUCAAUUAAGUUCUCAUAAAGAUAAUAAGAGUUUGCGAAAAGCAAAUUUAAAUUUAUAAAAUAACUACUUGUUGAUGAAUAAUGUACUUAAAAGUCUAACUUUAAAAAUUAUUAUGUUGUGUAACAGUAAUAUAACUGCUGUAACAACAAUUAGUCGUAUAAGAUAAGAUAAAUAUAUCUAAAAUAUACUAAAGUUUCUAAUAAAAAUGUGUUCAUGCCUUAGAAAGGCACAUGAAAAAGAGAGAAUAUAACGAAAAAAA